CAACACAUCCUGCUGUCAAGGAUGUAGUGUGUUAGAGUGUCGUUGAUAUGACUGCCAGCCGUUUCCUCUCUCAACAUGCCUGCAGCGAUGCACCUCACUGUCCUGGUGUGCCUGCUGAUGGUGGCAAUCUGUAGCGACGUCAGCACGACAACCGCAAGUGCUGCACAAGUCACCAGUUUAGUCGUUUCAUCCACUGCAAAACCUACCACCAACCCAGCUACUACCGCCAACACAAAACCUGCCACCAACCCAGCUACUACCGCCAACGCAAAACCUGCCACCAGCCCAGCUACUACCGCUAACACAAAACCUACUGCCAACACAACACCUACGACCAACCCAGCUGCUACUGCCAACACAACACCUACCACCAACCCAGCUACUACUGCCAACACAACACUUACCACCAACACAACACACCAGAACACCACUGCAGUUGCUUCAGUGUCACCACAAACUGGACCCAAUCUUCCACCUCAGACUACAGCCAUCAACCAGACAUCUAAUGAGACAGUAACCCAAAGAUCAACACUACCGUCAACAUCCCAGUCGCCAAAUGCCACAGCAACCACCACCGGGAACACAACCAACUCAGCUCUUCCACCCGACUGGGAGAAAGGUGACUUGAGAGCAAACCCCGGCCUUGUUGCUGUCAUUUGCAUCUUCUGCAUCAUCCUGGGCCUCGUGCUGGUGGUCUUCACGGUGAAAUGUGUCCGAUCACAGAGGUCCAGCUUUGAGAGGCUUGAAGAAGUGCCGCUGGGCAAAGUGAACGAGGAGUCUCCGUUCGCCCAUUACUCAAAAUGACGGAGAAGGCUUCGUGAGACAUCAAAUGCCCCGAGGAGUUCUUUCUGUUGCAGGACACUGAUGUUUCUGGACAGAAAAACGCACAGAAAUGUUGUCCACACCAGCAUUGGCUUCAGGCAAAUACAAAACAGCAACUUUUAUGUUUUUCUUUCAGGCUUCGGACUUCUUUAUGUCGCACUUUUGUCAUUGGCUGUGGAAGAUCUCUGCCCCAGCUUUGACCUGUUCGUUAGGCUGCUUGUCAUUCAGUUGAUUUAAGUUCUGAAGCUUAAUCCAAUAGCUCUUGCACUAAGUCUUCCUACAGUGUUUGUUUUGAAAAAAGAAACAGCCUCAAAGGUAAAACUGUAAAUGUAAUGUUUCCUAAAAUGAUAUAUGACCUACAUACAUAAAAAGUAUUCCCCCCCUUCAA